CCCCUAGAGAGCGCGGGGCGGGGCGGCGGUUGCCCCCGGCUCGAGGCUAACGGCCUCGCUCGCCUCACCGGCCCGCCAUGGCCGCGCGCCGCCGGUAGCUGCCGCCGCCGGCCCGGGGUCGCCCAUGGAGCCUAAAGUUGCGUUCAGAGGUGGCAGUCGCUGCUGGAGUGGUGCAGAAGCCAGCGGGAGGCUGACAGAUGCAUUCAGCAACGUAAUGACAGGCUCUGGCUCACUCUAUGGUUCUUACAAAUCACAGAAUGAAGAAAGCGUAGAGCUACCUCAGACCUACAGUUCUUCCCUUUCGACAUCCGAGUUCUCUGCACCGGUGGACACUUCGCUUUUGUACACACCGUGGUCAACCUAUGGAGACGAUCCCAAGCAGCCCACUGUGUCCCAGGUCAACGUCAAGUCCAGGAUUCAGCCUGAAAGGAGUGAUUAUGGCAGUGAAACAGAUUUAUAUGGACUCGUGUCAAACAUCUUGGAUGAACAAGAGAAACCACAGCCGUGUUGCGCUGAGGGGAGCUGCCCUUCCAGCUUGAAGUCAGUGUGGCCCGUGAACGCGAGCAGGAUCGCAGACCACCCCGACCUGUUGCCAGAAACCAAACGGCCGGUUGUCGGAGCUGUCUCACAACAGGGGUUUUAUGGUAACGAAACUGUGUCUGCUGCCGAAAAACAGUACUCGCCAAGUGGAAAUCUUACAUCGCAGCAAAAAGUAGAUGACUGUUAUCGUGGGUUUACCGGCACAGACCUUGAAGAGCAGUGUGUAUACCCUCCCAGGAACGAUCAUGCCAACUGCUGCAACAUGCAGACUAAUGAGAGUAUUAAGACAACACCUGUGUAUCAGAACUAUCCGUACCUAAAAACCACCUUUACGCCCCAAGUCGGGUAUUCAGAAGUGAUCAAAGACUUGGGAGCCGAUGCUUAUUCUUACGGAAGGGAGAAGGUGUUUCCCAAAGGAGCAGAUGUGCAGUUGCACCAAAAGCGGGCAGAAGCGUUUCUUCCGCAGUUUCACAGAUAUAACGAAAACACAGAUUAUAGUAGAUACACCGAAUAUUCUCAUGCUAGUAAAGCUAAGCCUAACAAGAGCACCAACUGUAGCCUCCAAGAAAAUAAAAAGUUAGUAAAUGGAACCAUCGAGGCACCGUCUCUGGACACAGAACCCUAUACUAAAUUAUUUCAGGUUAAAUCAGGAACUCAGAAGAAAACAGAAGACGCAAUUUCCGAUCAGCAAAACUUUGUAUUUCCCAAGGCUGCAGGACUUCUAGCAGAAAAACAAUUUGCAAAUGAAGCUUCAUUCUGCAUGGAUUUGGGGCAAAAAUUUGAAUAUGGACUAAAAUCUUUUGCAGCUUGUCCAGGGAAUAGUGACUGUGCAAAUGGUGCAGAGAAGCAGCAGUUUUCCAAGGCCGAUCUUCAGAACUCUGAAUACUGUAAAUCCCUCCCGUUAAUGCCAAACUCAGCAAACCCUUCAGCAGGUGCGAACGUGAGGCCAACGUGGAUGAACCUGCAAACUAAAACCGUAGCUUCGGUCCCAUUUCAGAACCCAAAUCAUUUGCUGAAACUGAAUAGUCAUUUACCUGCUUUUCCAAAAAGUUCCAGCCAUUCUAAUGAUUUCUUUCCAUUUCCGUCAUCAAAUUUCCCUUUAAAUAGUAAUUUAUUUCACAAGUGCUGUCAGGAUAAUCCUUCAGUUUUUUCAAGUCUUGAUUUUGGUUAUAACACUGCAGAACGAGCUUGGUCUGCGGCCUGCAUGGAAGCACUGGUCAGGGGCAGAGAAGAGAACCUCAUCGAGUAUUUAAGUGAAAAGAAGUUAAAGCAGCCAAAUGGCUUCUGUGACAAUUAUUCAGCUCAGCAGUUUGGGAUCCUUGAAAACAUGAACAAACACCGUUUCCAAGUGAAGCCGCAGAGCGAGCAUUACGACCUGGAAGGACAAAAACACACCGAGGGGUUGUUGCAGAAUGUGUAUCAAGAUUUAGCGGAGUCUCAGGGUCAGCUGAACCUGCGGCAGGGCGGUGGGGACAGUAACGCCGUCAAUCCCGUCGCCUGCCUGCAGCCUCCCAGCUUUUCCAGUAACGGCAUGAUGGGAGACUUCAGGCGGAACCAGCAGCUCGCUUCCGGCACGUUCCCCCUCAGAUCCGCUCGCCUGCUCGGCCGUUCCGUUGUCCCGCUGAUGGAGCCUCAGGAUUUGGUCUCCCGCGAUGAUUUAAAAUGUUUCUACCCCUAUUUUAACGAUAAGAUGUAUGGGGACGGUCCUUUCCCUGGUUUUGUCCCAGCAUUUGGAUUUCAAAGGCAAGUUAAAACCCGUAGUGCGCCUGCCAGCGAACUUCAUGUUAGACUAGAAGAAUGUUAUGAGCAGUGGAGAGCUCUGGAGAAGGAAAGAAAGAAGACUGAAUCAGCUCUCGCUAAGAAUUUCCAAGGGAAAAAGGUUUCCAGUGCGAACAACACUCCGAUUCCAAGGCUGACAUCGAACCCAUCAAGAGUUGAUCGCUUAAUUGUGGAUCAGCUACGUGAACAAGCCAGAGUUGUGACUUUACUGGGAAAAAUGGAGCGUCUUCGCAGUUCUCCCCUCCACGCCAACAUUUCCACCGCUCUUGAGAAGCACCUGGAGGUGAUUCACGUCGUGCAGUCGCGUAGGAAGGAUGAAAUCGUAAAUGCUUCCAAUCGGCAGAGGCAAGGAGCGCCCAGGUGCCAGGAUGACAGAGAUGUGUUUGCUCUCGCUUUGGCAAUUAAAGAGAUGAGCGUAGCGACGCGCAAAGCGCGGACGACUCUGUGGUGCGCGUUCCAGAUGACAUUACCGAAAUCUCCGCCCGCAAAACCGGAGCAGGAGAAAACUCUUCAAGAAACAGCGCAGCCGGAAGGAAAACCGGGUGAAAACAGCAUCAACCAGCGCGCUGAGGCGAACAAGCACUAACCGACCUGCGGCCUGUGUGUGCGAGAGGUGACACGCUCAUUCUUUUUAAUUACUUGUAAAGUUUGAAUGACUAAUAUUCCUAUUUAAAGCUGUAUCUUGAGAAAGUUGCAUUUGCUUUAAGGGCUCUUGGGUUCUAAACUGUUGGCGUGACAGGCAGCGUCGCUAUGUUGGAAAGGCAAACUGGUGAAUGUUAACUUAAAAAAGAAUCAGAUUACUUGAAUAACACCUUGGCUGUUAAUUAAUUUCGGCAGGUGAACCCUGGUGUACAACUCUUGCGAUAAGUUGUUUUAGUUUUGCUUUAGGAAGCACGUUUUAAAAUAAUGAUUCUUGAAGACUGGAGUCGUAACGGGGUGUCCGCUCGGUAUCAGAGAAGAUUGUGAUGUAAAAAUGGUUUCCUUAUCAAACUAAUACCUGGAGACAGGAGGAAAAAAAAGCUAAGAAUACCCAAUAUUCAUGUAAAAUUAAAUAUUUAAAAUAUCAAUAUUUAUGAAUUUGAGAUUUUAGAAUCUGAGUUUUGGAAGGGAGAUGCACCAGGUUCUGCUGAAUGACUGGAACGGCAGAAUCGCUGUUGUGAAACCAUGCAAGUUAGUAAACGUCUGCAAAUCAUUUGGGCGUGCUCUUGGGGGGAAAAAUAGACAAAAAAGAACCUGUUUUAAAGUAUUUAAACAUAAUCAAAAUAUGACAUGCACACAGGAUGAUCCUCUCAAAAGUUGUGCAGCAUCUGAAAUAAUGAGCCUUGUUUUUAAUACCCUCGCUUGAAAAUUUGAGGAGGUAUCACAAAGUUCUGAAAUUCGGGUUUUCUUAAAGUUCAGUCUUUUCGCUGGUUUGGUUUGAAAUUUGGUUGGCGUAUUUUAGACUUAUUAGUUGACCUCUGCGUUUUCGACAGCUCUUAAUCCUUGGUGUUUAUCUGCAUUUCUUAAUCUGUAUGGAAUAGAAGUAACUUAUUUGCUGAUCCGAAACAGUCGCAUUAUGUGGCUCAGGAGAUCCGGGGUUUUAACACUUGUAGCAUCGCGUUUAUAAUGUGUGGAUUAAAUUUAUUCAGCUGUCCUUGCCUAGAUACCCUGAUAUUUUAAAUGUCUGUGUUCUUCCUACUCGUGGAAAUCGCACCACAUAAAUUGUCGUGAGAUGAUGUGAGAAACUGAACGAGAAUGCAGCAGAGAGCGGAGAAACUGUGUCGAUCACUGAAAGGACCGAAAUCCUGCCGGGGGGAGUUUGGGGCAGGAGAACGAGGUACGAUCCGCACAGCACAGGUCACUGCCUGAACGUUUGUUAAGUUGAGCCUAGGACGCGUUGAUGUUAAAAGCAAAACUGUACUGACUUAGUCUGGUAGGCAAUAAAUGAGCUUUUGUUGAAGAGCGGUUGUUGUGCGG